AUGAUUCGCAGAAAGAAGCAGUAGCUUUUAAUAAAAUAAAGAGAAUUAUCCUAAGACGCAAACAUACAGUAAAUUGAUUAAACUUAUCUACAGAAUAUUCCAAGAAUUUAAGACGAAAAUCAUGUAUCUGAAACUACUGGUAUAUAAUCGUUUACAUAGUCUAAGAUAAUGAAUAAUGUGGACUGGCAGAAGUCCUAAAUACCCAUCGAAUAAAGGAUACUUUACAAAAAGAAAACCAAUUACAUGGACAUCAUUAGGAAUAAAUAAGUUUAACGUUAGAAAAGUAAAUCGUUCGCUGGUAUAGGAUUAGAGGUAAAUUUAGUCGACAAAUAUUAAUCUAAUCAAGCAUUAAUUCUAUAGAGUACUAUUUAAUAAUCUUCCUAAUUACCAUCAAUUAAAAACUCAAUUUAACAAGACAAAACCUAUUAAUUUCAAAAUUAUGACAACCCACUACCUCCAAUUGGACCGAAGUAAAAUUAAAUCUUAAGAGUAAAUGGUAGCACUAAUUAAUCUCCAAGCAAUUAAUUUUCACUUGGACAGAGUCACUAUAUAGGAGCACCGUAUAGAUAAAUAAGAUAUUUCAGUAAAAAGGAAUAUCUGAUGAAUUUUUCCCCAUAGUAAAGGUUUUCUACUCUCUAAAUAGAUGAUAAUCUUAGAAGAAAAGCAUUAGAUGAAUCAAUAUUCUAAAAACCAAGAAUAAGCGUGGGCUAAAAUAGAUUUAUGCAACCCUAGUAAAAUGAAGAAAAAAUAAGACAAAUGCUAGAGAAAGAAUCUAUGUUAAAAGUAAAAAUCAAAGAAAAGCUUUAGUCAAGUUUACAUAAAAAUUAAAAGAAAUCCUUAUUCUUUGAAAAUAAAUAUCAAUAAUAGUAAUCUAUUAUUAUCUGUGAGGACAACUAAUUUGAAGAAGAAGAGAAAAGCAUUUUAAUUGAAGAAUAAACAAUUGAUAAUCUUCAGCCUCAGCUUGAUUAAUCUUCUUCUAAGCUUUUUAAAGAAGUAAAGCUUACUCUUAAGAAGGAUUUCUAAAAGUAAUAAACUAAUAAUCGGUAUGAUUUUAUCUUUGAUGAGUCUUUGGAUGAGGACAUAGAGCCGACUAACAGAAGAGAAUUAACUGAAACUCCUGUUUAAUUAAUUGAUCAAUAAAAGAAUUAGAUAACAAUUCCAUUCAAGCGGAAGCUUGAUAAAAACAACUUGACCUUGGAUUUAGAUUUCAAUGAAUCUCAUGUGCUUUCCAAAAAUUGUAGAUAAAUUAUUAGUCAAAAAUAUAACCUUAGAAAAUGA